GAUUCAUAUUUGACACGGACUCUCAGACUCCAACACAACCCAUCGCAUUUUUCCUGGACGCCCUUGCUUCUUCAUUCAUGGCGUCUCUCACAACCUCCUGGUUGCCCAAAACCCCAAUUCCUUCUCCCCAAAUCCCAGCCAAAUCCCAUCAAUCCCCACAAUUCAUGCUUGUAAAACGAACAAGGAUCUUUCUGGGUUCCUCCGUUAGAGCUUCCAACUCUAGUGCUGCCGCCGAGUCUUCCUCUUCCUCUUCUUCUUCUUCUCCGGGUCUCUACUCGGCCAAGCAAUUCGACCUCACAGUUCCCAACGUCGACAUGGUUCUCGAAGACGUGCGCCCCUAUCUCAUCGCCGAUGGCGGAAACGUCGACGUUGUGUCUGUCGAGGACGGCGUCGUUUCUCUCAAACUCCAAGGGGCUUGUGGAAGCUGUCCUAGCUCAACCACCACCAUGAAAAUGGGGAUUGAACGAGUGCUUAAAGAGAAGUUUGGAGAUGCACUCAAGGAUAUUCAACAAGUGUUUGAUGAAGAAAACAGGGAGACCACAGUUGAGGCAGUGAAUGGUCAUCUCGAUAUAUUGAGGCCGGCGAUAAAGAACUUUGGUGGGAGUGUGGAAGUGUUAUCAGUUGAAGGUGGAGAUUGCCAUGUAAAAUACGUAGGGCCUGACUCCAUUGGAUCAGGAAUCAGAGCUGCUAUUAAGGAGAAGUUCCCAGAUAUCGUCAAUGUUGUGUUUACCGGAUAGCUCAUAGCUCAGCUUGCCCCAUCAAUUUGUUGGACAUGCUCUAGGUCUGAUAUACACCUAGCACGACUCGUAUUUGUAUAUCUUGUUGAAUAAGUGAUUGCCAUUAUUUUCAGCAAAGAUGAGUAUGUUUCUGUAUCAAUUGCCAGACCAAUUGUUGUACUUUCUGGACUCCAAGCCUCCAACUUUGCUCUUGUUACUUGUAAACACGUUUGAAAAUGGAGUUACUGUAUAAUGUAGCAAUUCAAAAGUUUGGUACAGGUGAAUAUGCUGCUUUGAGUUGUCUAAUAUUACAGAGGCACUCGGAAGUUCCGGCGAACAUAGUCACUUGUCCUCUGUUGUAUUAGUAGAAGUGAUCACUGAUUUCAGCCAGCGUGAAUAAUUGAUCAGAAACAGCGUGUACACAAAAUAGCAAGUGAGCGUCCAAGUCACCAGGCCCUGCAAGAUCAAAUGCAUCAGAAAAAUGAGAACCACCCAAAUGUUCAACAGUUAUUUCAUUUUUGCAUUAGAAUGGUAGCAGUUACCCCCACCUGGCCAAAGAUUUCAACAUUUGCUUGUGGAUAAUACCAAAGGUGGAAGAACCUGAAUAUUAGCAGGAGAUAGUUGCAUCAACAUAUAUGAGCAGUUUGUGAUGAUUCCCUAAAACAGAAGGAUAAAGGAGGAGGAAGCCUUACUUCAUUAAGGGUGUCUCAGCCAGUGGGCAGGCCAGACCAACUAUGCUUGCA